GUAGUUUUAUCAGGCUCACUUCUUACCUAAAAGAUAUGACAAAAAUAAGACUAUGUCUUAAUAAUCAAGUGUAAUCAAGUGUUGGAAACCAAAGUGCACACCACUGCUACACUUCUGGACUUCAGACUCUAUAGUUACUGAUAUAUGGAAGUUCCACGUGUGACAACUUGCCCCAGUCUCUCCAAUGCAUGAGCUACAUCUUCUGUGUGUGAAAUGAUCUUCAUGAGCCCACAUUAUCACACUUUCAUAUGAAGACUCAGCUGAGAAGCCUCCUACCCCCAAUCGACGAGGACAUCUCAGCAAGCCAGCAGCUGAGGCGGUGAGGUGAAGGAGCACAAGUCUGCUUCACAGACAGACAGUCACUCACUGAAGCGGUGGCGCGCGGUCACCUCGCUCUCCGCGCGCGCACAGGCAGAAGCAGCACGUCCACGGAUGCGCACAGGACACACGCGUAACUGAUGGAGCAGAUAGAGGAAGGAGUGCUCAGCAGCUGCGACGGAAUAAAGACCGAGUGCGAGACCACCAUGAGUCUGGAGGACCAGCGCGCUCUGCCAUGCUGAGCAUCUCCCUCGCGCUCCUGCUGGCUCUGACCGCUGCCGCCCGCUGCGCCCACAGCUGGAGCGACGAGGACCUGCUGCUGCCGCCCAUCAACUCCUCCGGGAGACUCCUGGCCAGCCUGGAGGUGGAUGUGGGCUACUCCAAGAGAUCCGUGGAGGAGCCCGAAGCCUCCUCUCAGUGCAACGUGAGCGUGGAGAGGCUCCCCACCAAACUCGUGGCGCGCUGGGACAGCAACUUCGGCUUCCAGUGCGACGUGCUCAUGUACACCACCAACAGCCACGGCAAGGCGUUCUUCUCCGCCGCCUUCAACCGGGCGAUCUCGCCGGUCUACAUCGAGCACCUGGGCGUCACGGGCGGCCAGCAGGAGUUCAGGCUGUGCGUGGGAUGCGGUCUGUCCCGGUACCGGAGAUUCAGACGGGGCAGGUCAGAGGGUCAGCAGACGGGCGACUCUGUGCACUUCUGCUGCGUGGACUUCGCCCUGGACGAGCUGAAGGGGGACCGGAGCUGGAGGCUCAACCGCAAGCCCAUCGAGUCCACUCUGGUGGCGUGCUUCAUGACUCUAGUCAUCAUCAUAUGGAGCGUCGCUGCCCUCAUAUGGCCAGUUCCCAUUAUCGCGGGAUUCCUGCCCAAUGGGAUGGAGCAGAGACGGCAGAGGUAAUAGAACAGUACAGGAUCGAGUUCACAUGAGCUUCUAAUGAAGGAAUCCUACACUAGCUGACCUGUGACCUGCCAAACAUCACUCGCUUAUGCGCUUCGUGAACUAUUCUCGUGUUUGAAAAUGCUGUUAUAGCUACAUCUCCUGACGGAUUGAGGUAUUUUAUUAGAUUUCAUUUGUUUUUAUAAAUUGAUUUGAAUAGAAAUGCAUUAUAUGUGAUAUUCAGAUGUCAUUUCAAAUGUUUGUAAUGUUUUUAUCUUACGAUUUCUAGUGUUUAUUUAAAAAUAGGGAGUAUGUCUCAGGACAAAAAGCUCUUCUGUAAUGUGCGUAAAGACAUUUUGAGGCUAGCUGUUGGUACACUCACACGAAAACACGCGGGAACUUUCCAGUGUUUCUCAGGUGUUUGAAGAGAGACUUCCUGUGUUUGUAUUCGUUUGUAAAGAUGAAAGAGAACAGCUCUCUUCCAAAUACAGCUCAGAAGGCUUAUUUCAUUUAUUGCUUAGAUUCGAGGUCACACAAAUAUGUGCAAAGAAGUGCAAAAGUGCACGUGCCGAACGUUUUCGGGAUUAGACCUGUCAUUAAUUUAUUAAUUAAUGUGUAAAACUCUCAAUAGCUUGAGAGACAACGUGAGAGGCAAUCCAUUUGUAAAAAGUAAACAAUUUUGUAUAAGGUUUAUACUUUAUAGACUGUCAUAAUUGUUAUUUGUAGUAGGCCUAUCAAUAAAUGCAUCAAAUAUUCAUUUGUGGAGG